ACGUAUGUUACUUAAGCAACUUUCAGCGCUGAAUAAAGCAGGAUCUCCACAGCGAGCAAAACUGAGAUAAACAUCAGUACCAUGGCUCUCAGAAGUGUCAGUCGUCUUCUCGCCAGUGCCCAGAAGUGUGUUGCUGUCAAUGCAUGCAGAACCCAAGGCACUGCUGCUACAGCCGCCAGAGAUGCUGAAGAAGUGAAAAAAUCUGGGAAGCCAUCAAAGGUGCAAUUCAGCUGGCGCGACAGCCUGGACCUGGAGGGUCGACUUACAGAAGAGGAGAUCAUGAUCCGGGACUCCUUCCGUGACUACUGUCAGGACAAACUCAUGCCCCGCAUCCUCAUGGCCAACAGACAUGAACAUUUCCACCGUGAGAUUGUUUCAGAGAUGGGAGAGUUGGGCGUUCUGGGGCCAACCAUUAAAGGUUAUGGGUGUGCGGGCACUAGCUAUGUGGCAUACGGUUUGAUCGCUAGAGAAGUAGAGCGAGUGGACAGCGGCUAUCGCUCGGUCAUGAGUGUCCAGUCCUCCCUGGUCAUGCACCCCAUCAAUGCUUAUGGCACAGAAGCCCAGAAGGAGAAGUAUCUUCCCAGGCUUGCUCGCGGUGAAAUCCUGGGCUGCUUUGGUCUGACAGAGCCGAACCACGGCAGUGAUCCUAGCAGCAUGGAGACCAAAGCCAAGUACAACCCUUCCAGUAACACCUUCACUAUUAGUGGCGCCAAAACAUGGAUCACAAAUUCUCCCGUGGCUGACAUUGCAGUUGUGUGGGCCAAGUGUGAAGACGGAAAGGUCCGUGGUUUUAUUCUUGAACGUGGCAUGGAAGGUUUUACGACCCCCAAAAUCGAGGGAAAGUUCUCGCUGAGGGCGUCUGCAACUGGCAUGAUCCUCAUGGAUGAGGUGGAGGUCCCCGAGGAGAACAUGCUGCCCCAUGUCUCCGGCCUGGCUGGUCCGUUCGGGUGCCUCAACAAUGCUCGGUAUGGAAUUGCCUGGGGAGCUCUUGGAGCGGCUGAGUUCUGCUUCCACGCUGCCAGGCAGUACACUUUGGACAGAAUUCAGUUUGGAGUCCCACUGGCCAGAAACCAGCUGAUGCAGAAGAAGAUGGCCGACAUGUUGACAGAGAUCACACUCGGGCUUCAGUCGUGCUUGACUCUGGGAAGACUGAUCGAUGAGAAGAAAGCGGCUCCAGAGAUGAUCUCCAUGUUGAAGAGGAAUAGCUGUGGGAAGGCGUUGGAUAUUGCAAGACAAGCGAGAGAUAUGCUGGGAGGGAACGGGAUCGCAGACGAGUAUCACAUUAUUCGUCAUGUCAUGAACCUGGAGGCGGUGAACACAUAUGAAGGAACUCAUGACAUCCAUGCCUUGAUCUUGGGCAGAGCCAUCACUGGACUUCAGUCGUUCACCGUUGGAAAGUAAAAGAAGACGGAGCGUUUUAGACAGACAGUCUUGGGUGGAUUGUUAGUGUCUCCUGAAUAUAGCACUGGGUCCAAAGGAGAUCUAAUCUGUACAGGUAAUAUUUACCUCAAGAGAAGAAAGGGAAGGUUUAUUUUAUGGUUUGUAAAUAAAAGCUGGAAA